UGGCAGCAGCAGGCUCAUUGUCUGAGGAGGCAGAGGGACAAAGAGGGGGAGGCCGAGUCUGUCUCUUUCUUCAUGUGGGGGAGGAGAGGGGGAGGAUUAACCGGCUCAUCUGCGACACGCGCUCACACACAGCACGUAUUUCAUAUCAACACUCACACACACACACACACACACACACACAGACACACACACACGGCGACCGAGCUUCAUCUGGAUCAGCAUCAGCACCAUCCUCCUGCUCCUCCUCCUCCUCCUCAUCAUCAUCAUCAGCGGCGGCGGCGGCGGCGGAGAGGACGGUAGACAAAGAGACACGGAGACAGAGACAGACAGACAGGCCGGAGGUGGAGGGACUCGGUCCUCACCGUCUGACGGGAGACAGACAGACACAGGGCGACAGACAGGAGACAGAGACAGAGACAGGCCUUCGCCGCCUCCACCGCCCGUCUCUGUUCCCUGUGUGAUGGCCGACCACAUGUUCCCGCUGCUGCUGCUGCUGUGUGUGUGCUGAGUGUGUGUUGUUGCAGGUGGGUGUGUUCGGUGUGUGUGUGUGUGUUCGCUGUCCGGUGUGUGUUAUGGGGAACGCGGAGAGCAUGGAGAGCCAGCUGGCGGUGAUCCGGUCCAGAGCCGCUCCGGUCCGACUCCCGAUGCCCGACCCGGCCGAGCUGGAGGAGAGGUUCUCCAUCGCACUGAAUUCAAUGAACCUGCCUCCGGACAAGGUGCGUCUGCUGCGUUCCUACGACAACGACAAGAAGUGGGAGCUGAUCUGUGACCAGGAGAGGUUUCAGGUGAAGAACCCUCCACACACCUACAUCCAGAAACUGAGGGGCUUCCUUGACCCAGCCGUCACACGCAAGAAGUUCAGAAGAAGAGUUCAGGAGUCAACUCAAAUGCUCAGAGAACUCGAGAUUUCUCUUCGUACAAACCACAUCGGGUGGGUCAGAGAGUUCCUGAAUGAGGAGAAUCGAGGUCUGGAUGUUCUGGUCGAGUAUUUGUCCUUCGCUCAGUACGCCGUCACGUUUGAUGGCGAGCAGUCGGAGGCAGGAGGUGAGGUCUCGUCCAUAGAUUCUCCCUGGAGUCGGUCCAUAGAGGAUCUCCAUGGCGACUGCAGCCUCCCUUCCCCGUCCUCGUCCGUACCCCGAGCAGCCCGACACUCCAUCAGCUCGGCAAUGGUGACUCGCUCCAACACUCUGCCUAGUCGUCGCACUCUGAAGAACUCGCGACUUGUCUGUAAGAAAGACGACGUUCACGUUUGUGUCAUGUGUCUGAGAGCCAUCAUGAACUACCAGUACGGAUUCAACAUGGUGAUGUCACAUCCUCACGCUGUCAACGAAAUCGCCCUCAGCCUCAACAACAGGAACCCCAGAACGAAGGCUCUGGUGUUGGAGUUAUUGGCGGCAGUGUGUUUGGUCAGAGGAGGACAUGAGAUUAUCCUGUCAGCCUUCGACAACUUCAAAACUGUGUGUUCAGAGUCGAUGCGUUUCGAGAAGCUGAUGGAACAUUUUAAGAACGAGGACGACAACAUCGACUUUUUGGUGGCCUGCAUGCAGUUCAUUAACAUCGUGGUUCACUCGGUGGAGGACAUGAACUUCAGAGUCCAUCUGCAGUAUGACUUCACCAAACUCAACCUGGACGAACACCUGGAGAGGCUGAAGCACACGGAGAGCGACAGGCUGCAGGUUCAGAUCCAGGCAUAUCUGGACAACGUGUUUGACGUCGGGACGCUGCUGGAGGAUGCCGAGACCAAAACUGCGGCCCUGGAACGAGUGGAGGAGCUGGAGGAGAGCCUGGGCACGAUGUCAGAGCGUCUCCUAGACGUGGAGAAUGAAGCAAUGCUGAAGAUUGUCGAACUGGAGAAACAGCUGAUGCAAACCAAUAAGGAGCUGGACCACAUCCGAGAGGUGUAUGCAAGCACCAACUCUCAGGUGCACACAUUGAGGCGGAUGGUUCGGGAAAAGGACCAGACGAUCCGGCGUCAGAGCCGUCUGGAACGCCAGGCUCAGGAGGCCCAGCAGGCAGGGGGACCCGGAGCUCCUCAGCCCCAGAGAGGAGAGGGUGAUGGGGGAGUGGCUGACUCCGCCUCCCCGUCACCUCCACCUUGUCCUAACCUGUCCCCCAGUCCUGAGACCGUAGCCUAUCACAGCAUGGGACCAGGGAUGGGCGGAGCUCCAGGGAUGCCGGCCCCUCCCCCACCCCCUCCUCCACCACCGAUGCCGGGCACAGUGUCCAACGGGUCGUACCCUGCACCCCCUCCCCCUGCUCCUCCUCCUCCCCCUCCUCCACCUCCUCCUCCAUGUCGGACCAGCGAGCUCUCCUCCUCUGUCCCCAUGCCCCCCCCUCCUCCCCCUGUAGCCCCGCCUCUCCCAGGUACAGGGGGGUCGCCCACAGUCAUCUUUAACUCUGGACUCGCAGAGGGUCCUCUCAAGUUAUUCUCCGUGAAGAUCAAGAAGCCGAUCCAGACUAAGUUCAGGAUGCCGGUGUUGAACUGGGUUGCCCUGAAGCCGAGUCAGAUCAACGGGACCGUCUUCAACGACAUCGAUGACGAGGCCAUCCUGCAGGAGCUGAACGUGGAAGAGUUUGAGGAGCUGUUUAAGACAAAGGCUCAGGGUCCGGCGGUGGACCUGACUCUGUCCAGACAGAAGCUUCCUCAGAAAGCUCCAUCCAAAGUGUCUCUGCUGGAGGCCAACAGAGCCAAAAACCUGGCCAUCACUUUGAGGAAGGCUGGUCAGGGGUCAGAGGUCAUCUGUCGUGCCAUCCACAUGUUCGACCUGCGGACAGUUCGGGUCGACUUUGUGGAGUGUCUGAUGCGUUUCCUGCCCACAGAGGCCGAGGUCAAACUUCUACGGCAGUACGAAAGGGACAGAAAACCUCUGGAGGCUCUGAGCGACGAAGACCGAUUCAUGAUGCAGUUCAGCCGCAUUGAAAGACUCAGUCAGCGCAUGUCCAUCAUGACCUUUAUGGGCAACUUUACCGACAACGUCCAGAUGUUAACUCCGCAACUCCACGCCAUCAUUGCUGCUUCAGUUUCUAUAAAAUCAUCUCAGAAGCUCAAGAAGAUCCUCGAGAUCAUCUUGGCUCUGGGGAACUACAUGAACAGCAGUAAGAGAGGAGCUGUGUACGGAUUCAAGCUGCAGAGUUUAGAUCUGCUGCUGGAGACAAAGUCGACAGACAGGAAACAGACACUGCUUCAUUACAUCAGCAACGUGGUCAGAGAGAAGUAUCCCGCCAAGUCUCUGUUCUACAACGAGCUUCACUACGUCGACAAGGCUGCUGCAGUGAGUCUGGAGAACGUGCUGUCCGAUGUGAAGGAUCUGCAGCGCGGCAUGGAGCUCACCUGGAGGGAGUUCAGCGUUCAGCACAACGCCACGCUCAAAGACUUCAUCAGCAGGCACGAGUCACGGCUCAACAAGCUGCAGGAGGAUGCGCGCAUUGCUCAGGAUGCGUUUGAGGACGUGGUGAAAUUUUUCGGGGAGAGUUCAAAGACAAUGCCGCCGUCCGUCUUCUUCCCCAUUUUCGUCCGUUUCAUUAAAGCGUACAGGCUGGCGGAGGAGGAGAAUGAGCAGAGGAGGCGUCAGGAACAAAUAUUACUGGAGAAACUGGAGCAGGAGGAGCAGCAGCAGGAGGAGGAGGAGACCAAGUCUCCCUCACACAGGGGGAAGCGGCAGCAGCAGGAGCUGCUCACCGAGCUCCGAAAACGUCAAGGCAAAGACAGUCGCCAUGUUUAUGAAGGGAAGGAUGGUGCCAUAGAGGACAUUAUCACAGCUUUGAAGACCGUCCCCUUCACGGCUCGAUCCGCCAAACGCAGCUCUCGCUUCUUCUGUGACCCCGCCCACACUGAGGAGCACUACUGAGGGACAGAGAGAGACAUUACAUUGUAAAGAGAGCUUAAAUGUCAGCAUGUUGGAGGAUGGUGUCUUCUUCAGCUGGCCACGCCCACUUCUAAUCGAUGGGACCAAUUAGCACUUUGAACAUUUCUGAUCGAUUGAUGUGAACUGAUGACAUCAUGUUUUGUAUGUUACUUUAUUGGUCAGUUUGUGCACAGACCAGGUUCCCAGACAUCACCUGACCUCUGACCUGUCCCUAAUGUUCCGCUCUGUUCUGACCGCUGUCAAACCAAACUCCAUCCAGGAAUUUUGGGAUUUAAAGUGACACCAGAACCCAAAAUCCUGGUUCUGGGUCAGCAUGUCUGUGGUCCUGUGGUUGUUCUGGGUUCCUUCAAUCUGUCUCUUUAAAUGGAUCGUGUACAGGGUUCUACUACUUUCACUACGUUGUGUUCUACUGUGUUUUACUGUAUUUACUAGCCUUACCAGAGCCAGGUAUACACAGAGUCUGGCACCUUUCUGAAGGGUUAGGAAACAGUGUCAGCAAGAAGCACUCAAACACAAGAACCUUUGCCAGACUCUGGUUAUCUGUGGCUCUGGCUCACCUUCCUGAACCUGACCCUUCCUCAAAACGCAUUUCCUCUGAAGCCCCGCUGUUAGCCUGUUAGUUACAGUGGCCUGCAAAAGUUUGGGCACACCAGGAAAAUAAUUCAUUUACUGUGAGUAGUUAAGUAAGUAGAAGAUGAACUGGGCCAGUUUUUGGGCCGUCUUCAUACACUGGUCUUUUCGGUCUAUCCACAGAUUUUUAAUGAUGUUUAGGUCGGGGGACGAUGAGGGCCAUGACAAAACCUUCAGCUUGCUCCUCGUGAUAGUCCAUUGAGGCAGUAAUCAUCCUUUCAGCCAUUUCAUCUGCUUAUCUGGGACAUCCCUGUCCACAGCAACACUUUCGAGCUCCUCCUGAAAGAUCCCGAGGUGUUCCCAAGCUAGAUGAGAUAUAAAAUCCCUCCAGUGUGUUCUGGGUCUGCCCCGGGGCCUCCUACCAGUGCGACGUGCCUGGAUCACCUCUAAUGGGGAGGCAGCCAGGAGGAUCCUGAUCAGAUGCCUGAACCACUUCAACUGACCCCUUUUGACGCAAAGGAGCAGCGGCUCUGCUCCGAGCUCCCUCCGGAAGUCCGAGCUCCUCACCCUAUCUCUAACUCUGAGCCCAGACACCCCACACUGGAAACUCACUUUGGCCACUUGUAUCCAUGACCUCAUUCUUUUGGUCACUACACGGAGCUCAUGACCAUAGGUGAGGGUUGGGACCAGUAAAUAGAAAGCUUUGCCUUCCAGCUCAGCUCCCUCUUCACCACAACAGUCCGAUGCAGCGCCCACAUCACUGCAGAAGCCACACCACACCGCUGAUCCACCUCAUGCUUCAUUCUACCCUCACUGUGAACAAGACCCCAAGAUACGUAAACUCCCUCGCUUGACGCACCAACUCUCUCCCAACCCAGAGGGAUUAAUCCACCAGUUUAAGGCUAUUUUUACAAAUGCUGUGAUGCUUGCUGGACUUUAACUGACUUCAUUCUUUGCUCUACCUGUGAAAUGUUCCCCGUGCCACUGGCUGCAACACAAGCCCGAAGCAUGGUCCAUCCACCCCCGUGUUUAACAGUUGGACAGGUGUUCUCUGCAUGAAGUUCUGUACCCUUUAUAGACCUUUCUACUGUUAGUAAACAGUAUGGCUUUUUUGUGGGCGGGGCUUAGCUGGAGGCAAAACAAUUCUCCACAGACAUUAGCCAGCACUAGUUAGCAAGUUCUGUUGUCUUGUUGUAAACAAUGGAGGAAGAUGAUGUGAGUGGUGCGUUCAGAAAUAGGAUGUUUCAUCUUUAAUCUCAUGUCUUUUGACGAUCAGCUCAUUUACUCGCUGAACUACUCACAGUAAGUUUUGACCAGGGGUGCCCAAACUUUUGCAGCCACUGUAGCUCUGGAGCCGCACCAGCAGGAAUAUCGACUGAUAAAUAAACCCUGCCUCAAGAAACUCGGAGCUACAAAAAGCCAAAUUCUGGUCUUGUUGUGUUUUGAAAUGUGUCACCAGUGAGGGGGCGCUGUGGCCCCAAGACAACAGAAUAAGAAAAACACGUCUCUGUCUGCCCUUCAAGAACUCAACAGACUUCCCUGUAACGUAGACGCAGUCUGAGACGAUGUUUCAGACGAUAAACUGACCUGAGUCCUGAUUUACUGACGAAACUCUUCAGUCUGUAACAUGAAGCAGCAAAAGUGAGGUCAGUCUGCUGGUGAGGCUGGACAUACAUACUCUGACUAACCCAAAACAGACUUAAAGCAGCCCCUCUUUACCUGUGUAGAGGCAGGUCUGAACACUGGUGUGUCCACUCCAGCAGUCCUGCAUCAACAUGUCAUCACAAUCGUUCCCCCGCUCCCCCCCCAAAGUCGAAACAAGACAAAAAAAGUGAAACAGCACAAAGUUUUCUACGUGUACAUACAUUUUCUAGAAAGCUGGUUAGCGUUGCUCGUACUGUUUAGUGUUUGUUGGUUGUUGGUGAUUCUGCACUUGGUGGUGUGAAUAAAAAACACACCCUGUCUACAUGACAUCUGUCAAUUUAAUGCCAGUACUACUCUAACUUUAAAUAGUAUUUUUCAACCUUGACCCUAUUUUACCAUGUUUUUAUGUCACAACAGUUUUUUGAAGUGGUCUUGCACUGAGGAAGAGCAGCUGUCGUCAGUGUCUGUGCUCUUAAAAUGUUUGUUCUUGUCACUGACAGGCUCAGAUUGGUGUUCUGAGUGUCUGACACCACUAUGGGAACGACCCCUAUAGAGAUAGAGCUUUGUGUUAAAGAGUAAAGAACCAAAACCAGCCCCCCAUUCACUGGAGUCAAAUCCACCAGACUCCAUUUAAAUUAACAGUCAUUUUAUGAUCGUAAAAAACGCUUCAAUGAAAGUCGACAAACAAACCAGCUCUGGUUUCCUUGAAAUUAACUCUUAAUUCACCCAGUUCAAUGUGAAAACAUGCUGCCUCUAUACACACUAAAAUGACUAUUUAUUUAAAUGGAGUCUGGUGGGUUUGACAGAUAAAAAAUGUCAUCACUUCAUUAGUUUUAUCUUUUUAGACAUUUAUGUUAAGUUUUGUCAUAAUUAGCAUACAAAUUCGUGGCCGAGAAGUGGUUCUGUGAGGUCAUAGUGACCUUAACCUAUGACCACCGAAAUCUACUGAGUUCAUGCUUGAGUCAAAGUGGACAUUUGUGCCAAAUUUGAAAAAGAAAAUCCCUCAAGGCGCUCUUGAGAUAUGACAUUCACGAGAAUAUGACAGGCAAGGUCAGACUGAGCUUAACUUUUCUACAGUUGUGUGGACAUUUUUGCCAAAUUUAGGCCCUUUCCUCAAGCUCUUCUUGAGAUACUACGUUAACGAGAAUGAGACAGAUGCAGGUUAACGGUAACCUUUAACCACCAAACUGUCAUCGUUAAGUCCAAGUGGACAUUUGUACCAAAUGUGUGGAUAUUCCCUCAUGGUUUUCCAGAAAUAUCUGGUUCACGAAAAAAAGAUGAACACAAGUUCAUGGUGACCUUUGACCACCAAAAACGAAAAGGUUCAUCAUUGAGACUAAGCGGCUGUUUGUGCCAAAGUUGAGAGAAAUUUCCUCAAGGUGUUCUUGUGAUCUAACAUUCAUGAUAAUGAUAGAUGCAAGGUGACCUUUGACACUAAAUCUAAUCGGUUCAUUCUAUAGUCCAAGUGGACAUUUGUGCCAAAUUUGAGGUUAUUCCCACAAGAUCUUCUGGAUAUAUCGUGUUCACAAAAAUGAGAUAAACUCAAGUUCAUGGUGACUUUGGACCACCAAAAAUAAAUCAGUUCAUCGUUGAGCCCGAGUGGACGUUUGUGCCAAUUUUAUUUUUUUAAGGUAUUUGGGGGGCUUUUUGCCUUUAUUUGAUAGAACAGCAUGAAAGGGGGAAAGAGAGGGGGAAUGUCGUGCAGGAAAAAGGCGUGGGUUGGAAUCAAACCUACAGACACAGCCUUUGUACAUGGGGCGUCUGCUCUACCAGGUGAGCUAGCGGGCGCCCCGUUUGUGCCAAAUUUGAGGAAAUUUUCUUAAGGAUAGCGCAUACACGAGAACAGGACGGACAACCCAAAAAUAUACCGCCUAAAAAAGGUUGAAUUACAAUAAGAGGAAGUCAGCAAGGCUCACCUGAAUGAAAUAAAGUUGUCAUAAUCG